GGCUGAGGGGAGGCCCUGAGCCUUUCUGGGGCCUGGGGGAUCCUCUUGCACUGGUGGGUGGAGAGAAGUGCCUGCAGCCAACCAGGGUCAGGCUGUGCUCACAGUUUCCUCCGGCAGCAUGUAAAGGCUCCACAAAGGAGUUGGGAGUUCAAAUGAGGCUGCCGCAGACGGCCUGAGGAUGGACCCCGCGCCCUGAGCAGUGCCGCCUGAGCUCCGGACCUGCAGAGCAUGGCACUGGGGCAGCUGCCGGCCCCCGCGAGAGAAGGCAGGUCGUGAGCCACCCGGCGGGACCCCGGGCCAGCCCCCGCCCCAUCCCUGGCCGGAGCCCCCGCUGUGGAGGCAGAGCGGAGCGAGCAGAGGCCAGUGAGGCAGGGCUGCUCUGCAGCCGGUCCAGCCUGCGACUCAGGGAGGCCAUGGCCAGGCUGCCCCGCUGACGGCCGAGGUGAAGCAUGUGAGAGCUGCCCCGGGAGCCAGGCAGGAGGGAAGAGGGUUUCAUAGUCUCUGCUCUCAAAGAAGAACCCCCACUUUGCAAGGACCAUGAGGCCGCUGUGCGUGACGUGCUGGUGGCUGGGACUGCUGGCCGCCCUGGGAGCAGCUGUGGGCCAGAAGGAGGGCUUUGAGGGCACAGAGGAGGGCUCGCCCAGCGAGUUCAUCUACCUGAACAGGUACAAGCGGGCCGGCGAGUCCUCGGACAAGUGCACCUACACCUUCAUCGUUCCCCAGCAGCGGGUCACGGGCGCCAUCUGCGUCAACUCCAAGGAGCCCGAGGUGCUCCUGGAGAACCGGGUGCACAAGCAGGAGCUGGAGCUGCUCAACAACGAGCUGCUCAAGCAGAAGCGGCAGAUCGAGACGCUGCAGCAGCUCGUGGAGGUGGACGGCGGCAUCGUGAGCGAGGUGAAGCUGCUGCGCAAGGAAAGCCGCAACAUGAACUCGCGGGUCACGCAGCUCUACAUGCAGCUCCUGCACGAGAUCAUCCGCAAGCGGGACAAUGCGCUCGAGCUCUCCCAGCUGGAGAACAGGAUCCUCAACCAGACGGCUGACAUGCUGCAGCUGGCCAGCAAGUACAAGGACCUGGAGCACAAGUACCAGCACCUGGCCACGCUGGCCCACAACCAGUCAGAGAUCAUCGCGCAGCUGGAGGAGCACUGCCAGCGGGUGCCUGCCGCCCGGCCCGUGCCCCAGCCGCCCCCCGCCGCCCCGCCCCGCGCCUACCAGCCGCCCCCCUACAACCGCAUCAUCAACCAGAUCUCCACCAACGAGAUCCAGAGCGACCAGAACCUGAAGGUGCUGCCGCCCCCUCUGCCCACCAUGCCCACCCUCACCAGCCUCCCAUCCUCCACAGACAAGCCGUCGGGCCCGUGGAGAGACUGCCUGCAGGCCCUGGAGGAUGGUCAUGACACCAGCUCCAUCUACCUGGUGAAGCCAGAGAACACCAACCGCCUCAUGCAGGUGUGGUGCGACCAGAGGCAUGACCCCGGGGGCUGGACCGUCAUCCAGAGGCGCCUGGACGGCUCGGUCAACUUCUUCCGAAACUGGGAGACGUACAAGCAAGGGUUUGGGAACAUCGACGGCGAGUACUGGCUGGGCCUGGAGAACAUUUACUGGCUGACGAACCAAGGCAACUAUAAAUUGCUGGUGACCAUGGAAGACUGGUCUGGCCGCAAGGUCUUUGCAGAAUAUGCCAGCUUCCGCCUGGAGCCUGAGAGCGAGUAUUAUAAGCUGCGGUUGGGGCGCUACCAUGGCAACGCCGGUGACUCCUUUACCUGGCACAAUGGCAAGCAGUUCACCACCCUGGACAGAGACCAUGAUGUCUACACAGGCAACUGUGCCCACUACCAGAAGGGCGGCUGGUGGUAUAAUGCCUGUGCCCACUCCAACCUCAACGGGGUCUGGUACCGCGGGGGCCACUACCGGAGCCGCUACCAGGAUGGAGUCUACUGGGCUGAGUUCCGAGGAGGCUCCUACUCACUCAAGAAGGUGGUGAUGAUGAUCCGGCCGAACCCCAACACCUUCCACUAGGCUGGCCCCCCUCCUGACCCCUCGUGGCUGCCAGGAGCCUGCCCGGCUGUGCUGGCCCAGCCCAGAGAGCGCCUCCUUCCAGUUCACCUCAGGACUGGGAGGACUGCGAUGCUGGACUAUGAUUUCCCAAGUCACUGCGGCAGAUAAUACAACUGAAUCCAAGCAGUAUUCUCUGUUGCUACUACUCUUCUCCACAUCGGACAGCCCCUCGUGUUUCCAGACAGGACAGGACGGCAGACAAGUCUUUCCUUAAAUAAAUUAAGCCCCAGCAAUAAAAACACAACUGCAAAACACCUUCAUAAUAUACACGUGUGUGAGCCGACCUUGUGCACUUAUGUGUAUACCAUGUAUAUAUGCAUUUAGAUAUAUACACGUGGCGUAUAUCUAGAUACAUAUAUAGGUUUGCCUUAUAUACCUAAAUACAUGUAUAUUCAAUUCUCAGAUGCUGAGGCUGUUAACAACAGCUCUGCUCUUAGGAGAAGAGCAGUUCAUUCAUGUUGUAUUACUUGAGUCUAAGGGCAGAUCACAGACUGUGUAGCUCUCAUUCAAAGAACAAUCCUUGGCAUCCACAGGCCUGGAUUCUUCCAGGACUGUCUACAGUACUAUUCUCUCACAUAGGGGUUCUCAACCUCCUUGCUUAAGAUCCCCCUUGGCACCUAACCCAAUUUCAAAACCCCCAUCCCUCUUUAUUUCUGUACUUCUCCUCAUUCUCAGGACUUUUCACCGCCCACCCAUCCACCCACCUAUCCAUGUAUUCAAUGCCAUUCAAUUAAGUGCCUUCCAUGCUCCAGUCCCCGGCCACUUGUGUUCCAGGCACCUUUUCUGCUCUUCUCUAUUCCUUGCCUACUUACUCCUCACCUUUUCUGUACCCCUGUGCUUUCUUUCCAGGCUACAUUCCUUAGCCUCUGAGUAGGAAAGCAUGGACUCCACGUGGUCAGGAAAGGGAAAGUCAGGCCCAAAAGCUAACUCUUGGCCACAAGGAUAAUGGUAUUUGUAGUCUCGUAUUUUCCAGUCACAGUUUAGCCUCCCUGUCAUUUUAACCUUCACAGAAAUAAUAACCUACCUUGCCAGCAGAUAUUCGAUUGAAGAGAAGUCAUCAUCCAAUCGUUGGGGGCCCCAAAUGGCUACAUACCAAAGGUCCCAUGCUCUCAGGCCAACUAGUGUCCACAUCUCGUCUCCAAACUACACUUCCCCGGAGAUCAAGCACCACAAAAAUGAGAACUGGCCACUCGUCGUGAGUUACUGAAUAACCAGGGGCCACGGAGCCCUGGGUCAGCGCAUCACAGUGCGGCGGCUUUCUUAGUCCUGUUAGCCACGGAGCAUCAGGCUUGGUACUACCAGGACUCUUGCCAAGCAGGGAGCAAGGGAUGAACAAGAAGAUGAGACCCUCCUAGAGGGCACGUGGGUCGGGGUGGGAGAGAUGUUGGAACGUUCGGUACUGUCCACAUCUGGCUGUGUGCCUAUUACCUCAGCAGUCUCACAAAGUGUUCCAUGUAGCAUGUUUUGUGUAUAUAAAAGGGACUUUUUUUUUUUUAAUAUAUUCUCAGAUUAUCCUUGUAAUGACACAUCUGCAAUAAAAGCCAUCAGUGCUAUUUGGAUGUAUCUAC